UUUGCAGCCGACAGUGGAUUCAUGCGCUGCUGGCUGCGUUUUAGCAACUUUAUCGACUUAGCCAGAGUCACAUGAGAACUGAAAGCGUCGCUAUCGGGCUGUUUGUGGACGCUUUUAUGCACCGUGAAACAAACUAAUUAAUAUUUAUUACAAUGGGAAGCUGGAAGAAUCACGUGCGCGCUGGACUGCAGCAGAGAGACCUGAAAGAGAAACUCCCCUUCGCUGGCGUUUUCACGAGCUUGUCUCACCUGGAGGAAAGAUUUGAAAUUCGCAAACAGAUUGUGGAUGAUGUUCUGUCUAACAGUUUAGAACCAGGUGGAGUAGAAGUUGGGAAAACCACCAGAUUCCUUCAACUCCAGCUGAGAGAGAGUGAACACCUGGCAGACAAGUUGUCUCAGACUGUCUCUGACCUGACCACCGUCCUGCAUCUGAAGGAGGCUGAGCUUCAGCACUGGCAGUCACGUGUGUCCCAGUACCGUCAAGAGGCCCUCAUUCUGGCUAAAGGGAGUAACACCCUGAAGGCAGCUCUUUCAGAAUUCGAGUUCACUGUUGAGUGUCAGUCCAAAGAGUUAGUGGCCUUACGUGUGGAGCAGAAAGGACUAAAAGAAACAUUGGCACAAGCUUGCAUAGAGAAGGAACGGCUUUUACAGCGAUGGAUGGAGGAGAAAAGGGGGGAGGCGGAAAGGCUGAAUAAAUACAACGACAUGCAGGAAAGGUGGCAACAUUUGGCCAGCCAGCUGAAGAAACACUUCCAGAGGAGAAUGAGAAGAGAGUGUUCCCCCAUUGUGACCCGCUGUUCAAGUGAUGCAACAGAAAACUCUCCAUCAGCCAUUAAGGGGAUCAAUAAGGCUGCCGUUACACACCAGGGACGCUCCGGCUACAGCCAUGUCUCAGCUGCAGCAAAAGUGUAAUACUCCCCUGAGAUAAUGGUGACAAAAGGCUUUCUUCUCUGCGGUUGCGUCUCUUCCUCAGUGCUUGUAGAUGAAGAACUAAUUGCUCAUAUGUGAACUAAAGAACAAUGACCAAAGAGUGACUUUUUGCUAAGGUGAAGCGAAGUACUUCAUCUGUAUCGGUUUUUUAAUUUGCCUAAAAAUCCAUUUAAAGAUUUUCUGUGAGGAGGGAAUGUUUAAGCUAGAUUUAGUGUGCCAAAUUUUACAUUUAUUGCUAUAGCCCAAGUCAGCCUUUCUCAGUUAUUUUUUUAAUAACUGGGGACCUUGAUGCUUAAAAUAACUUUUGAAUUGUGAAUGUCUUAUUAAAAUGGAAAAAAUAAACCCAGACUCUCAUUGUAAGCUAUUGUACUGAAGAAAGAUUUUUGUUUUUUUUCACUUGUAAAAAAAAUAAAGAAACUUUUAUACUGA